UCGGAAACAUACAAAAAUUCCACAGCUCAACGCGAUUCGAGGGAUUUCAUAUUCGGUCGCUGAAUUCCUUCGCACGCCAAAUAUGUCAAAGAUUCUCCAGAUCAAGAUUUCCUCCAAUCUCCCCAGAAAAAUGUGAUCUCCUCGUUAGAUUUCCAGAACAAGAAGACGUUAAUCAAAGGUCGCGCUAAUGGCGAAUCUCGCGGUGCAGCUGAAGCGCGGGAUUUCGAGGCAAUUCUCCACGGGGUCGCUGCGUCGGACUCUGAGCCGUCAGUUCACGCGCCAGACGUCGCACAACCCUCGCCGGAACAACAUGCGCUUCAGCUUCGGCCGACAGUCGUCCAUGGACCCGAUCCAACGGAGCCCCGGCGGCUCCGGUUCCGCGGCCCAGCAGCUCGCCGUUCCCGACAACCUCGACGCCACGAUGCAGCUACUCUUCAUGGCUUGCCGCGGCGACGUCGCCGGCGUCGAGGAUCUGCUCGACGAAGGGAUCGACGUCAACAGCAUCGAUCUCGACGGCCGUACAGCUCUCCACAUCGCCGCCUGCGAGGGCCACGUCGACGUUGCCAAGCUCCUCGUUAGCCGUAAGGCCAACAUCGAUGCCCGUGAUCGAUGGGGAAGCACGGCAGCUGUGGAUGCCAAGUACUAUGGUAACGUAGAAGUAUACAACAUCUUGAAGUCCCGUGGUGCGAAAGUUCCGAGAACCAGGAAGACACCAAUGGUUGUCUCAAAUUCCCGUGAUGUUCCUGAAUAUGAGCUAAAUCCACUAGAGCUUCAAGUUCGAAAGGCUGAUGGUAUCUCAAAGGGAACAUAUCAAGUGGCUAAGUGGAAUGGGACUAAGGUAUCUGUGAAGAUACUUGACAAAUUGUUCUACACAGAUCCUGACAGCAUAAACGCCUUCAAACACGAGCUUACUAUACUUGAGAAGGUCCGGCAUCCUAAUGUCGUCCAAUUUGUUGGAGCUGUUACUCAAAAUGUCCCCAUGAUGAUAGUGUCUGAGUACCAUCCUAAAGGUGACUUGGGGAGUUAUCUUCAGAAGAAAGGACGUCUCUCUCCAUCCAAAGUCCUAAGAUUUGCCCUUGACAUUGCCAGGGGAAUGAAUUAUCUUCACGAGUGUAAACCAGAUCCAAUAAUCCAUUGUGACCUGAAACCCAAAAAUAUUAUGCUCGAUAACGGAGGGCACUUGAAGGUAGCAGGAUUUGGGUUGACAAGGUUUGCGAAGUUAUCGUCUGCAGAGUCUCUAAGUUACUAUCUGGCACCUGAAGUUUACAAAGAUGAAGCCUUUGACAGAAGUGUUGAUUCAUACUCUUUCGGUGUUAUAUUAUACGAGAUGAUUGAAGGAGUACAACCUUUCCAUCCAAAUUCUCGAGAAGAGGCAGCGAAACUAAUGUGUUUGGAAGGAAAACGACCGUCUUUUAAGACCAAGUCGAAAAGCUGUCCCACAGAAUUGAGAGACUUGAUCGAGGAAUGUUGGGAUCUAGGAGCGGUUGUUAGGCCUACGUUUUCGGAGAUAAUUGUUCGUCUGGACAAGAUCUACGCCACUUGCUCGAAGCAGGGAUGGUGGAAAGACACUUUCAAGUUCCCCUGGAAGUAGAGGAGAUGGAUGCAGAUGUAGGUGUAUGUGAUUCCACAAAAAGUAAAAGAAAUGGUUAGGAAGUUGGACAACUCUGAAAGCUGUUUACACGGAAAGAAAAGAAACAAUUGAGUUGGUAAGCUCUUGUCUUUGUACAAUGUAAAUGUAAUACCACAAAAUACUGUAAACCUUUUGUACACUACAGUCUAUCUUAGAUUAUUUGUAUAUGAUUUUAUCAGUUUUAAUUUUAAAUAGAAACAACCUAAAUUUAAUUUUA